ACGUGCGCUGAGUCCAUGUGGGCGCCGGCGCGGCGUUGCGCGGGGUCGCCAUGGCGGAGGUGCAGCAGCUCCGGGUGCAGGAGGCGGUGGACUCCAUGGUGAAGAGUGUGGAGAGGGAGAACAUCCGGAAAAUGCAGGGCCUCAUGUUCCGGUGCAGCGCCAGCUGCUGUGAAGACAGCCAGGCUUCCAUGCAGCAAGUACACCAGUGCAUUGAGCGCUGCCAUGCACCUCUGGCUCAAGCCCAGGCCUUGGUGACCAGUGAGUUGGAGAAGUUCCAGGACCGCCUGGCCCGGUGUACCAUGCAUUGCAACGACAAAGCCAAAGAUUCAAUAGAUGCUGGGAAUAAAGAGCUUCAGGUGAAGCGGCAACUGGACAGUUGUGUGACCAAGUGUGUGGAUGACCACAUGCAACUCAUCCCAACUAUGACCAAGAAGAUGAAAGAGUCUCUCUCAUCCAUUGGGAAAUAAAAGUUCUUGCCAGUGACCACUGGGCUCAGAGCAGGAAUCUAUUUUAAAAGGAUUGAGAAUUUUUAGUCUCUUAAGCAAAGUUUAUAUGAAUGAAGAAACUAAGGAUGGCAGCAAGUUUAAGGCAUAUAUCACUUGACUCUAGACACUGGUUCCUUUGUGUCUUGAUCCAAGAAAAUGAAAUGGGAAAAAAAAAAAUGGUGCUAAAAUUUGAGUGAAAGGAUGGGAGAGCCUUUUAGAGCCUAAAUUUUACAUGGCAAGUGGUUAUCCUGACAGUAGAAAGCUCCCUUGUACCAAGCCAGAGUCCUCUAAGGUACUAGAUUCUUACAACACAGGUAUCUACAGGAUGGCAGGUUCUUCCAGACUGCCAGUGACCUGGUAGAGUUUGAGAAGAGGUGUUUUUGUUUGUUGCCAACCUCCUGUUUACCAGAAGUAACAUACCAUUUUCCAUAAGCUGUAAAACAAAAUCCAGGAGAUCACUAAUCUAGGAGAGGGGAAAGAUUUCCAGAUCUUUAUUUGGUUUGGUAGUUUUUUAUAUACAAGGCAUGAAAUGGACUUAAGAUGUAAAUCUGAGAGGGAGAAUAGUUUGAAUAAGAACUUGGAAAGCUUCAAGCUUCCUUGUGUAUACCCUUUAUGGCCAUCGAGCUAUGGAUUUCUUGACAUUUUUAUUGCAUCUCUCAGCUGGGAGACCACUGCAAAAACACAAGAGGCAAUGUCACAUUAAGUAUGGGAAGCAGAGCUUCUUCUACCAGCAUAUGAGCCUUGAGGCAUUCUGCAGCAAAGUGACAGAAUAAUCUUUCCCCCUUUAAGAGAAAGGAAUUUUGAUUGUGAUACAUAUACCAGUAUCUGGAAAUAGUAAAACAGUGACUGUUCACUAGCUAAGGGAAUUGUGAAGUACUGUCCUUGGAAGAAGGAGAAAAAAAAAAAAAAAACAGCGUUUCAUAGAACAGAAAGGAACAGAAGCCUAAAUCCAGCAUUUCUUAUUUAGUUCCCUGAAUUAACA